AUGGCUCAAGCUGCGUUAAUAAAAAAUCUUCAAACCCAACUUGGACGACUGUUAGAGCAAUUAAAAGAUUUGGAGGAAGAGAGGGAUUCCUUGAGCGACGAUGAAUAUCAGGAUAUGAAAAAGGAUGCUAGAGAGCAAUUGCAGGAAUUGGGGAAUGCGCUCGACAAGCUCGAAGGCGGUAAUAUGGCGGUGGUAGAUGAGGUUACGGCCGCAAAAAUGGCGAUCCGGGCGGCUAUACAAGAAGCAUUCAGGACGCCAGAAAUCAUGGCUUUAUUUGCGCAACGAGACAAAGCCCAGCUUAGAAAGAAGCUAAACGAGUUGGAAGUCGGCAAAAAACACGAAGUCGACGCUCUCGAAUCGCAAAAAGGCGAGAUUUUGUUCGCACUCCGCGGUCUCAACGAGAAAUUGUCGGAUCGGGAGGCCGAAUUUAUGAAACUUCUCGAAGCAAAGGAUCCGCGUUUUAUUUUUGGACGGCAGCGA